GAUCUGCAAACAUCUGAACCUUGAAUCAGAAAAAUUUCAAUGAAAAUUAAAAAAUACGAAAAAAUUGUGUCAUUUCUUCUGGUUUUUAGCAAAAUUUUCUGUGUAAAUAAAUUUUGAAUUAUAAACUAUGCGAAUAUUUGGGAAAGUCUUGCAGACUUUGCGGCUGUCUAGACGACAACCGAACUUCAAACCGCGUCGGUACUCUUCAAUUUUGUGUUACCAUAAUGGCGGUCGUCGCUCAAAUCUUCAUAAUCGCAAUGCAAAGAAUGUUUCUAUGCGAUCAAUGGCCGCAAAGUCAGAUUCGUCAAACAAGGGAAAUGGUAUAGGCAAGGCUACCCUCGCCAACAUUCUUCCUGUGGCUUUGAUACAGUCGAAAUCUGCGACCACUUCCACGAAUAUCAUGUUGAUCCCCCUUAAUUUGUUUGACGGUGACGAUGAUGCCAGUAAAAGAACCAUGAAAACUUUGUCAAUUAUUCGAGAACAUGCACGUCAAAUUGAAGCUUUCACCGAAAAUUUAAUGGGUACAGCAGAACCAACUCAUUACGGUGUACCAUUGGCUACUAAAAACGCUGGAACAUUCAUGGAUCAAUAUUCGGGGCAAGACGAUGUUACUUUAUGGACACAUGAGGAAGAAAUAUCCAAUUCACACGCUUUACAACGUUCUCAAGAAACUUUCAAGAGUAACCAUAUUUCACUUUAUGAAAAGCUUGAACGGGCCAUGGCAGAGCAAGAACGAAAUCGUAUUGAGACUCAUGACUGUUACGAAGUAGCGGCCUGGAAUAGUUCCAAACGCGAUUUGGUUGUGUAUGUACCCGAAAAUUUAGAGGAGAAAUUGCGACAAAUGGCAGUAGCCUCUAUGCAGUUGGUAUUUGAAAUGGAUAUGAGUAAUAUCCGUGAUGCUAUUUUUCGAAGUGCGGCUUUAGAGAAAAUUAAUAUGUUUAAACCUCCUACACCGAAAACUUUGCAGGAUCCCACAGUGAAAAUAGAAGCAAAUCUGGAUUUAGGAAGGAAUGGUACUGAAAACACUAUUCCUCUUGACUUCAAUGCUAUGAUUCAAGGUACCGUCGAAAUUGAUCCAUCAAAGUACACACCAAGCGUUCUGGGUGAGAUUAAAGUGCCGGAGUUCAAUGAUUGUGUCACAACCAUAGCAGCCAACAUAUGCAGUACAGCCUUACAAAAAGGAUUUCCGGCAGACCUCAGCCGAAUGGCUUAUUCCACAAAGUCACCAAACAAAAGCAAAGCAGACGCAAAUCGAAAUCCGCAUAUUGUUUGUGUUCGCGAGGGUUCCAAAGGAUGUGUUUCGCCAGGUAACGCAUCUUACCCAAAUUUCAUACCUCAAGGAACAGCGACAAACAAGCAGAAAGCUAAAGGAUCAGAAAAGGCGAACAAAGCUAGUAUAUCUUCAGAAAUAUCCCUACUAUCAUCUUCGGAAAUAAUUGACGCUUAUAAUUCACGAGGUCUAAUGAGUUGUAAAGCUUAUGCCAGAGCACUAAUAGAAGCAACCAAACGACGUGCUGAGGUUGCUAAGAAACAUUCAAAUCAAUGUGAUGAAAAGAAAUCUGUGAAAAAAGAAGCAUUCAAAAAAAAAGAUAAAUGCGGUGACAUUAAAAACAAUCCUUGUACCAAACCUUUGUUAGAUGAAUGUGGUAACGAAAUAAAAAAGAAUUGCCCAACUAAGAAAAAGAAAGAUAAGAAGAAGGAUCCUUGCAAGACUGAUCCUUGUAAAAAGGCGGCUAGUAAAGACAAAGGGUCUUGUGACACACCGGGUGUAUCAAAACCCUGUGCAGGGAAGCGUAAAAAAAAGCCGUCCAAGGAUAAAGGGAAAAAAGACAUAUGUGGAAAUUCGAAGAAAGGAAAUAGAUGUAAUAGCGAAACUGAUGCAUGUCAGCAAGAGAAAGAGUGCCCAAAACCAAAGAAGAAGAAAUGUGAUUUAGGUGAUCCAUGUAAAGAUCCGUGCCUAAAAAUCAAUGAAAAAUCUGAUAAGAACAAAAAGGAAUUUUCUUCUGGAAAAAAUGACAAUUGUAAGGUGGUAAAAAGUUUAUGUGAUGUCAAAAAAUCCAAAUCUUCCACCUGUGAUAACGACAAGGCAGCAAAAAAAUGCAAGAGCGAAGGUGACGUAAAAAAAACUGAUAGCAAAUGCAAAUCAUCAAAUGAAAAAUCGGGGUCCGAGAAGAAAUGCAAGUCAUUUAAUAGUGUUAGUAACAAGUCAAAAUGUGGAUCAGGUGAUAAGUCAAGUGGAAAGGCGAAAAACCUUUGUGACGUAAAGAAAGCACCAUCUAAAUCGACAUGUGAAAAUAAGUCCAAAUCAUCCUCAAAAAAAGAGUGUAAACGUUACGAAGGAUUCUGUAAAAACAAAGAUUCGAAAUCCUCUUGCUCAACAGAUAAAAGUCCAUGUAAGGAAGCAGAUGAUUCGAAGGCGCGUGGAGACAAAUCGGGCUCGAAAUGUAAACCUAGUAAAAAUCAAUGCGAUACAAAGAAAUCUAAAUCAUCAGCCAAAAAGGACAAAAAAAUUGAUUGUAAACCUAAAGAUGUAUCAAAGGGUGAUUCGAAAUGCAAACCUGUGAAAAGCCUGUGCGAUUCUAAAAAAUCUGCAUCUUCUGACAAAAAAUCUUCCGGCAAGUCGGCUGACUGCAAGGAAUCAAAAUCAUCGCCUAAGAGUGAUUCGAAAGAUCAGUGUAAUAAGAAGAAAAAAUCAACAAAACCAAAUUGCAAAAACAAAUCUGACUCGAGUGGAAAGAAAUAUAGCACAUUGGCGAGUAACAGGUUAUUUGUGGAAAUAUCACCUAUUAAACGUUACUUCAGCACAAUUCCCAUGUAUUCUAUUCCACGCGGGUUCAUUUCAUGGAGAAAGCUCAGUUCAAAGAAAAGUGGUAAAGGGAAAAAGAAAGGCGGCAAGGAUGAUGGCAUGUGCAUGAAACAUCGAUCAAAACCAAAGUUCAAACGCAUUGAUAAACUAGAACGAAGGAAACCGAAAAUUGACUGCUAUAGCGAUCCUGAUGAAUGUCAGGAACAAGCCUGUAAAGAUCCUGCGAAAUCAAGCUGUGCUAAUAGCAAGAAGGAAAAUGAGAACCCCUCACCUCUCUACUUUAGAAGGUGCUUACAUAUGACUGAUCAAUUCCCUUCCCUACACAAAAGAAAUUACGGAUCGGAUUCCUGCAAAGAAACUCAAGCGCGUUGCUACGAAGAAACUGGAAAACGAACUUGUAACGAAUCAGAAAAAGAGCAGAAAACCGAAGGAUAUACUGAUGAAGACGAUAAUAGUUCAUAUCUGAUAAACAAGACAACAAACGAAGUGAUUCGAAUAAUGGAGCCGUGUACAGUCGAACGGUGUUUAGAAGCAUUACCGAAGUUUAAUGAAUACGAUGUACUUAUACGCACCGAAGCAGUCGCACUUUCAGGAUCUGAUCUGCAUUACUAUGAAACGGGAGGGAAAUCCUAUCCUGGCAUGACUCUAGGCCACGACGCAUCUGGAGUAGUGCAAGAAGUUGGUUGCUCCAUAACGAGAAUCCGACCAGGAGACCGUGUUGUUAUUGAAUCGGGCUUAGCAUGUGGAAUUUGCGACUAUUGCAAGAAAGGCUGCUAUAACAUCUGUAACAAUUUAAUAUUCAAUGGAUUUCUACGUAAAUAUCAAGUUCACCCUGCUGAUUUAUGCCAUAAAGUUCCAGCCGAUGUCGACAUGAUCGAAGCGACUCUUACGCAAACGUUGGCGCUUGGAUGUCAGGCAUGUUUCAAAGCACAAGUCCUUCCCACGACAAAUGUGCUAGUUAUAGGAGCAGGGCCCACUGCCAUUUCGGCGGCAUUGUGUGCACGUGCCAUCGGCGUAGGUAACAUAUGUAUAGCGUCCACUAUGAAAGAUCCUCUCGAAACAAUUGAGAAAACAUUUCACUUUAAAUGCAUGCACUACGAGGUGGACAUGCAAUAUUGCAUGAUACUUGAGUGUCUAUAUAGCGUUUUACAUGACUGGCCGGAUGCUGUCAUAAAUUGUGCAGUUUCAGAGAAGUCAAUGAAUUUAUCAGUAAUGGCACUGAAACCAUGUGGCGUUUGCAUCUUAGCAGAGUGUGAUGCGGAAUGUGCGUGUUUCAAUGCAAUGGACGUUCUUAUGAAAAAUCUUAAAUUGAUUCCGAGCUUUCGCUCAAUUAACAUGUUUCCAACUGCACUACGGUUGAUUGAUGGGGGCAAAGCGCCUAUUGGUCGACUUGUUGCAAAAGUUUUUCAAUGGCGAGAAGUUGAGCAGGCUUUCCGAAAGGCACUACAUGAAUCAAAUGUUGGUAAUAAAAAAGUUGUAUUAAGAUGUGCGGAAGAAGACAAAGAUAUAUACAAGAAGGAAGAUUGCAAAACUUAGACCAAUUAAAAUUAAAAAAAAAUGGUAUUUAUAAGUUAAAUUUUAUAUGUAAAACUCGCUACACGUUCUUUUCCUGCACUCUCAAAUAAAAUUACGAUAAGUAUCCUUUA